AUGCUCAGCGAACAGCCAUUUCUUUAUAUUCCUGGAGAUCUGCUCCUACCGGCCGUUUUUGAUAUUCAUUACAUGGGUAUCUCUCCGUUUGUGUGCGGACCGAUUCGUCUCUAUGGAGGUUUCCAGAAUUCCGAGGCUAUGACCUUUGCCCUUGAUUGGAUUAACUCAGGGAAGUUUAGUUCACUCAAGGCGCAUAAUGUCAGUCUUGGUGCCCUGGGGUUUGAUGGUUGUGCCACACCAGAACAAGCCAAGACAUUGGCAUUUGCUCUUCAUUAUGGACUUUUUGACACUAAGCGCCUUGGUAUCGAAAACUUUUUACCUUCUCUACUGCAAGGUUGGCUAAGUUAUGACAGCGGUAGCACGAUUAAAAUGUCUUCCAUCCUGCAACCCAUCGGCGUGCCACUGGUUAGCCCAGGUGCAACAUCUCCGGCCCUUCUCGACAAAACAACUUACUCGACAUUCUUCAGGAGCAUACCGUCUGAUCUUGAAGUCGCCAGAGUGAUGGCAAAAAUGGUCAAGGUGCUCGGCUUCAGUUACAUCAUCACCUUAAAUGCACCGGACGCCGGCAGCAAAGGUGCUUUGGAAGAAUUCCGCAAAACGGUCGAAGCUUUGGAUGUCUGCAUUGCGUCUUCGCUUGAGUUUGGCACAGACACGACGGCUGAUAAUCUCAUUUAUAACAUCGUCAUGUCAAGCACUCGUGUUGUGGUCGUUUUUGCAGAAUUUGGACGCGAUAUACUGAACUUAUUGAACGCCAAAAUGAAAUUUACAGCCGGGAAAGACAUUGUGUUUAUAUCAAAUCGAGGCUGGUACCUGCCCUCUACCAUGUCGAACUAUGUUAUCGAAAAGGCGAUUAUGUUUCAGAAAGACUUUCCAAUUAUCAAUGAAUUCAAAAGCUGGUUGCAGAAAAAGACACCGGCCAAUCAUGACAUGUCAAAUCCGUGGUUCAUUGAAUAUUUUGAAAAAUACUACAACUGCUCCAUGGGUAUCGACUGCUCCAAAAGGCAGUCCCUGGUCAGUGGUCGCUUCGUACAGGAUGUCACUGUUGUUCCGACUAUUGAUGCCGUCUUUGCUCUGGCUACAGGUCUGGAGAAAACUCUGGAAAAGAAGUGCGGACAAGCUUAUUCCGGUGUCUGCAGUAAGUUUCUUUACGACAAAGACACUCGAGAGAUGUUAAUGCAGAAUAUGGACUCGAUGAAGCUGAAAACGAUUUACAACGCUGAUUUUAAAUUCGUUAACCGGGAACGGGAAAUGAAAAUAGUGAUCAAAAGAAUCGCCAAUGGAAGCGUAGAUUACAUUGCGGAAUAUGCAAACAACACGCUGAAUUAUUAUAGCAACGAGGAUGAAAUUGUUCGAGAGUAUGAACGUGUCCUGUCAAAAUGUUACGGAUUUUGCGCCAAAUGCGAAAGCAAGUCGAAAAACACCGAAAAAUUCAUCUUCACCCCAGGAGAUUUUAUACUUGUCGGUCUUUUUGAUGUGCACAAGAAAGGAGCCACGCCCUAUACCUGUGGCGCGAUUAACGGCAAGCAGGGUUAUCAACUGGUCGAAGCUUUUAACUACGCAGUCAAUUACGUCAACAGUCGGCAAGGGAUCUUCAGUCAAAUCUUUCGGGGCGUCACCCUCGGCUCAUUGUCCCUAGACGUUUGCCAGAGCCCACUGAGAGCUGCCAACCUGGUUACAAAUCUACACAACCAGAAUGUACAACUAUUUAGCAAUUUUUCUAACACGGCCAUUGAUUCGAACGAUUUCCAAGUGUACAUAGGUCCAUUCGACAGCGCGUCGUCCAUUCGGGUGGCCGAAGUGCUGACCAAACUAGGCGUUCCACAAAUCAGUUACGGGGCCACCAGCGUCGAACUCCGCAAUGAGAACUAUCCGUUCUUUCUGCGUACAGUACCGGCCGACGACAAGCAAGCAAGAGCCAUGGUUGCUUUCCUGAAGAGAUUUGAUAUUAAAUACGUGCAAGUGAUAAACACAAAUGACACAGUUGGUCACAAUGGCAAAGAAGAAUUCGCUAAGCUGGCCUUUAUUAAUAAAAUUUGCAUCGUUCAGAACAUAAGCCUUAAACGGGAGGAAGCCUUAACUCAAAAAGACGCCGAUAUAGGUGUCGCGAAAUUGUUAGCGUUUCCCAAAAGUAAUGCAGUUAUUGUAUUUACCGCAAAUCCACGACUUAUUCUUUUAGCCGCCGAGAAAAAUAGUCAAGUCGCUGGAAGGUUUCUCUUUUUGGCCACUGACAAAUGGGGUGCUGACCUUGACAUGCUAAAAGGGCUUGAUAACUUACUAGCUUACCGACAUGUGGUCAUAUUUGAUAUAGAAACGGCCGAUCUUCCCGGCUUCGAUAUAUAUCUUGACAAGAAGACACCAGUUACAAACUUUAAUAAUCCUUGGUUUGACGAAUAUUAUCAGCUUCUGUAUAAGUGUAGUAUAGGCACUCCAACCACCCAAUACCCGAAACAGUGUUUGCAUACAACUUAUAAGACUUUACCAAGAGCUAACUCCUAUAUACAAGAUCCGUAUGUUCUUUACGUCGUGAAUUCAGUCUUUUCUGCCGCUAUUGGAAUCCAUAAAACUCUGCAGAAUAUCUGUGGAAUGAAUUAUCGAGGACUCUGUCUGAACUUCUUGAACAGUGGAGACCAAAGACAGGAAAUUCUUCGAGGAAUUAAAAAAGCUGAAUUUCAAGACGCUACCAGGCAGCCGUUCUUCUUCGUCGAAGAUAUCUUUGAAAGCGAUCGGGGAUACCAUAUUUAUGAGCCAGUUGACUCAAACACCGGAAGCAAAAGUUACAGAUACGAAAAUAUUGGCAGUUACAAUGAUACCUACCAUCUGAAGAUUGACGCUCGUUACCGACUAGACUGGCCGACAUCAUGCCAAAAGCCGUCAUGUCCUAAAUGUAUAUUUCCACCCUAUCAGCCGUCGCGUUUUGCAGUGAAAAAGUCACCCUAUUACCUCAACAUUGUGGCUGUCUUUGACAUCCACAUGGCAGACAGCAAUGGUCCGGGGAAAUGCGGCCGAUUAAACUGGAUGUCAGAUUUUCAAAAUUUACUCGCCUUUUUCUACGCGAUUGAAACCGUCAACAAAAAUUACCUAUUUAAACUAUCGAACAGUCUGCAGCUUGGUGGAGUCGCCAUCGAUACGUGUUCGAAUCCAUCCAGAAUUGGCCAGGACAUUUACAGUUUACUCAGUGGAGAAGGUCUUUGUGGCGUUGGUGGUACUGACAAAAUGCCUGUUCAUAUCUCUCUUUCGCGCUCUCUCUCUGUCCUAGUCUGUUCAUAUCUAUCUAUCUAUCUAUCUAUCUAUCUAUCUAUCUAUCUAUCUAUCGUAGUCUGUUCAUCUCUCUCUCUCUCUCUCUCUCUCUCUCUCUAUCUAUCUCUAUCUAUCCUAUCAUUUCAUAUCUAUCUUAAUCUGUUUAUAUCUAUCUAUCUAUCUAUCUAUCGUAGUCUGUUCAUCUCUCUCUCUCUCUCUCUAUCUCUAUCUAUCCUAGUCUAUUCAUAUCUUUCUUUCGCUCUCUCUCUCUAUCCUAGUCAUUUCAUAUCUAUCUUAAUCUGUUUAUAUCUAUCUAUCUAUCUAUCUAUCUAUCUAUCUAUCUAUCUAUCUAUCUAUCUCACAAAUAAGGUGAGAAUCUAUCUAUCUAUCUAUCUAUCUAUCUAUCUAUCUAUCUAUUUCUGUUCAUUAUCUAUCUAUCUAUCUAUCUAUCUAUCUAUCUAUCUAUCUAUCUAUCUAUCUAUCUAUCUAUUUCUGUUCAUUAUCUAUCUAUCUAUCUAUCUAUCUAUCUAUCUAUCUAUCUAUCUAUCUAUCUAUCUAUGCUUGUUCAUUAUCUAUCUUCUACCAUUCCUUGGUGCAUUGAAUAUUCCUGCCACAUCUGGUCUGGUGCUUCUGUUAUGUUUCACAACAAUUACCAUCUAUACGUUAGAUUUUUUUCUAUUUCUGUCUAUCUAUCUAUCUAUCUAUCUAUCUAUCUAUCUAUCUAUCUAUCUGAUUCUGUUUUAA